GUCAAGCCGUCGCGACGACGUGUGCGUAUUGUAUUCUACGUCGGUGUCGCGAAGAGCUCGCGAGAUUCGCGUGUCCCGCGCGUGGCGUGACUUGUCGAGCGUGCACCACCUGUUCGCGUCCCGGCGAUCGCGAACCCCUGGUCCCCCGCGCGAGAGUGUGCUCUCCCCCUGGCUCCCCUAUCCCGCUGCCACCCCCGGACAAGUGCCCUCGACGGCUUCGACGAGAUCGUCCGCGCGCGUGGCUACGAGAAUCGCCCGUGAAGUACUCAUUGACGCGUGUCGCGGUAUAAUUCUCCUGAAGAGAAGCACGAUCGUUUCGAAUUUCGAUCGUCUCGUUGACAGAUACGAGAGGGAAGGGUACGGAAAAUAUAUUCACUGACUCGUGUCGACUUGUAUCCUUCUGAUUCAACGGAUUCGCGUUUAACGGAGAACGCUCUGUCCGAGUGUUCCAAUAGUCAAAUUUGCUCCGUGUUGACUUGUUUCACUUCUGAUCUGAAGGAUUAUAUCGCUCGUGUCGCGAUCCACCGUCCUGUUUGCGCGAAUCAACCCCUUGCGAAGGACACGAAGGUGCUCCAAUAUCCCCGAUAGUAAUCGAGUAUAUCGAUUGAUCUGCAAGAGACAUAAUCAUCUUGGAAGAUUAAGAGCAACUGGAAUUCCCAUCUAAACGUGAUCGCACGAUGAUUUGUAACAUACCGAUGCUCCAUUGAUACACAGUGAGAACUGUUACGCAUCUCGCAGGAAAACUCGCCGAGGAGGCAGUAGUGCUCGUGAAAGGCUCGUUGAUUACCGGUGAAAGAAGCAGCUUUGGAUUAUGACUAUUGGAUGACGACCGACAUGGCGACGUCGUAAAAUCGACGCGGCUCUCAUCCUUCAUGGAUUAUAAGUGAUAUCGCGGGACUAAAAUGAUCAUCAUCGUGGGACUUCGCGCUCCUUAACGCGAUUUAUUUAUUCAGAAACGUCGCGAAUGUCGUCAUGACGCGUCUGGAUCGCGCAUGAACGAUCACGUGACAUUCUAAAGAGACCACCACGUCGACGACCCGGGACAAGCUGAUGAUUCGAACGACGUGCCCGACGAUCUGGCGAUAUCCGUAGGGUAUCCGACGUAGGUGCAUUCGGGAUCUCAAUCAGAAAAAGAGAAAAGAUAAGCGAAACGGCGCGAUCGAGAAAAUUGCGCGAACGUGAAGUUUGUUCACGAGCACGGAUUGUCGUCGUCGACGUAGCAGAAAAAUACGCGGAGCAUCGGAAAAAAGGAAAAGACGCGAGAGGGAUGCGACCCACGGACGAAGGGUGGGGUCUUUGGAUACCGAUAAGGCUUAUCCGGAGAUACGAUGGCCGACAACUGCGCUCGUCGAGUCAUCAGUCGUAGUGCUCAGGUGCCGCCGACGAGAUCGUCGCGCCGCUCAGGUCGCAGUGAUAUCGCGUAUCACGCGUCGCUCUGCAGCUCCGAGGAGGUAUCUUGAGAGUAACGUUUCCGGACCAGGUGCUUGGUGGUAGUCGCGGGAGUUCGCGAAGGGGUCUCUAGAAGGUACGACGGGUCGGCCUUUCUGUUGGCGAGAAGGCCGCGUUAUAUAAAGUAGCGACGAGACGAACGAUAACGGGCAAUCGCUGCCGCGAAAGCGACUAAUCGCUGUUUCCAGGUCGCCUCGAGUUUUUAAUUUGACGCUUUAGCGCGUUAAGUGGACGGCGACAAAAAGCGACUGUGUACAUCAAGGGCGAGAAAAAGUGAGAGGGAAGUUGAGGGGAGGGAAAGAGAGAGAGCCAAAGGGGGCAUGAAUGCGUGCGGAACAAAAGAGAUUUAAGGGGUUCCAUAUCUAUAGCUGAAUCGUCUCUCAACGGACCUCCAUAGACGCUCUUCUGGCAUUCUGAAGUAUACGAAAGAGAAACGAACGUCGGAUCAAUUGUUGUCACAUACUAUUCGAACGAAUCGAGACUUUAAUGGGACUUUCUGCCUUUCAAUCGCGCACUUUCGUGUUGUCGGUGUGUUUAAUCACGUGAUGAGUGUAUAAUUCGCGUGCUAAGAAUUAGCAGUCGUCGUCGAACGCAGCUCCGAGAGUGUCGUGUGUCGUUCGUAUAAGUAACCCGUUCGCGCGACAUACAGUAGAGUUUGAGGGUUUGACACCUUCAAACCGCCAGUGUACAAUAAUCCUGUCUUCCUCAAGGAUAAACGAGACCGAGCAAAGGAGUCACCGUCAGCCGGUCGCCAGACGAAUCCCAAUGAAAAUGCUACAGUCGCUCAACGCUCUGGCGGGAAAAAUCUCGCCAGGCUCUCCCACGGACAGCAACGCCAACAAGGUGCACAUGCAUAACAACAACAAUAAUAACAACAACGUGGUGCAUCAUCAUCCCUACUCCAAACAGGCUCAACCGUCUCCAUCGCAUUCGGCCAACGGCGACCAAAAGGAAAAUACUAUAAUGAACAACAACAGCGUGGAGCAGCCGGAUCCGGACAACAUAAAGAUGUUUGUGGGGCAAGUACCUCACGACAUGGAUGAGAAUGACCUGAGGACGAUGUUUGAAGAAUAUGGCCGAGUGCAUCAGAUAAAUAUUCUGCGGGACAAAAUCACCGGCAGUCAUAGAGGAUGUUGCUUCGUAACUUUUUAUACUAGAAAAGCAGCUUUGGCAGCGCAGAAUGCUCUUCAUAACGUCAAAACCUUUAGUGGGAUGCGCCAUCCGAUCCAGAUGAAACCGGCUGACAGCGAGAAUCGGAACGAACGCAAGUUAUUCGUCGGCAUGUUAUCGAAAAAGUUCACGGAGAAUGACGUUAGAAACAUGUUCAGCGCUUACGGAAUGAUCGAAGAAUGUUCGGUGCUGAGGGACAGUACCGGAAAGAGUAAAGCCUGUGCCUUCGUUACCUUCGCUAGUAAGCAGUACGCGAUCAAUGCCAUUAAAGCUCUGCAUCAUUCCCAGACAAUGGAGGGUUGCUCGUCGCCGUUAGUCGUAAAAUUCGCCGACACGCAAAAGGAAAAAGACCAAAAAAGGAUGCAGCAACUCCAGUCGAAUCUCUGGAAUAUCGCGGGAGUCAACAUCGCGCCGCAUUACCUGGCCAAUGACGCGCAUACCUUGGCGCCUGCGUCGUUGCAACUGUUGCAACAAUUGCAGGCGACAACGAGCGCCGCGACUCCAGUCGCUGCAAACGCGGGGGCGGCGAAUGCAUUGUCGAAUGUCCAACAUCAGUUGCUGUUACAACAACACCUUGGCCUUGGAGCGGCCACCCCCGCGCACGCAGCGCCUCCCGCUGUACCUAGUCCGGCGGAAAUCAACCCUGCGAAUCUGCAGAGUCUGGCCACCCUCGCGUCUUUGAGCAACACUGCUGGUGAGUAUGCAAACGCAGGCGUGUCGCCGAUGAGUAUGCAGAACCUCGUCACUCUGGCAGCUAUGACCGGUGGAAACGGCAACCUCCAGGUGUCGCCAAACACGUUAAGCGGCCUGGCAAAUUCGACAGCAGGUAUGUCGCUAUCUGCUCUUCUGGGAAAAACAGGAAAUACAGGGUCUACCGGGGGCAGUCUUAGUCCUGUAACAUCUCUCACGCUCAAUUCCUUGACGGGGACGCCAUUAAACGGACUUCAGGACUCGCUGAGCAACGCUUAUUCCAGUUUGCAACAAUAUGCAGGGUUUCCCGCGUUCACGGCAGCUGCGGCCGCUGCGGCGGCGGCAACGCAAAAGACGAAGUUCACCAACACAGACAAGCAGAUUGAGGGUCCCGAAGGUUGCAACCUCUUUAUCUACCACCUGCCGCAAGAAUUCAGCGACACGGAUCUCAUUUCCACUUUCUUGCCCUUCGGCAACGUCAUAUCCGCCAAAGUUUUCAUAGAUAAGCACACGCACAUGAGCAAAUGCUUCGGUUUCGUAUCGUAUGAUAACGCGACGAGCGCGCAAAUGGCGAUCCAAACAAUGCACGGUUUCCAGAUUGGCAUGAAGCGGCUGAAGGUCCAGUUAAAACGGUCCAAGGACGCCUCUAAGCCGUACUAGCCGACGUCACAGAGCGUUCGUAGGUAGAUACCAAGGACUUCUCGGACAUCUCGGCUCGACGGCGUCCUUAAUCAGGACGACGCUCGCACGUUUAAUUUAUAACCGCGAUAAUUAAUCAUUAUUCCGCAGCGGAGUAUCACGUUUAUUAACGAUAGGUCUAGAUAGAACAAAAAGUAUUAGGUGGCAGGAUUCCACGAUGUUCUCUAGUCAAGCAGUAUUUUUCACGAAGGUAGCGAGCUAACAGGCUACGAUCAAGCGUCCUCAGGACGCCGAAGAGGAUACGUCGCCGCGCGACACCUUCGUCGUCCUAUCGAAACGAGGCUGUGAUAA